GUUUUCUUUACCUGGCUCACUCUACUCUAUAAGAACUCGUCAGGACAUCUUAUCUUGCUGUUAUUGAGCAUUCUGGUAAUAUGAUUCAACUAAGUACUCCAUACUGCUACUACUCUACUACUACUAUUACUACGGAGUACGCUCACAGUACAGAUCCCCACUAGAUACCAAGUAGAUUCGUAUCUCAACAGCAAAGAAUGGCAGGAUGAAUACUCUAUUCAAUCCCCCACCUUCGCUGAUAAGAUCGAUUGGCCUGGUUUGCGGGGUAUUCCGGUAGAGCGCUUUUCCGGACUGUACCAGUGUGAAGUUCGAGCGACAAUUACUCCAGGGUUAUAUCAUCAUUAUUGCUACUUUCAUUACUACUUACAAUCUUCUUCAAAAACAUCAAAAUGCGUCUCCCUUACGCCCCCAACACCCCGGCAGACGACAGCCCCGAGACGGCAGAGAUCUACGCCCGCAUCGCCGCUCGCCGCCGCCCGCGUCCUCUCAUCCCGCUUGAUCUCUCGCUGCUGCACUCCCCGCCUGUUGCGGAUGGCUGGAACAGCUUCCUGGGCGCCAUUCGUACGCAGACGGUCGUGGACCAGGGUCUGCUCGAGCUGGCGGUCUCGCGGGUCGCGGUGUUGACGGGCGCCGUGUACGAGUGGAACGCCCAUGCGCCGUUGGCUCUCAAGGCCGGGAUCCCCGGGGAAGCGCUGCAGGCUGCGCGCUCGUUACCGUCGACGGUAGACGAUCGAUCCGAAUUGGAAGCUACGGCGACCCUGAGUGCCCAGCAGAAAGCCGUUAUCGCGUACACAGACCAGAUGACCGUGAAGGUCACUGUGGAGGACGCCGUCUUUGCCCAGCUGCAGACCGUCGGCUUCUCGGACCGCGAGAUCGUCGAGUUGACCACCGGAGUGGCCGGGUAUAACUGUGUGAGUCGGGUCUUGGUGGCUCUGGACGUGGGGGAAAACAAUGACAAGGAGAUGAAGAGCGUGGACGAGCUGUUGGCGGCACUGAAGUGAUAGUGAUAGUGAUGGCGAUAUCAAAAGGAAGCUGGUCUUUAAUAAUAAUCAAUCAAAAGUUAUAUGAUAUGAUAGCCCAAGUACUAAA